CAGUUGCUCUCUUCUCCUCUGGGAUGAAAAACCCAUAAAGAAGGCUCCACUCGGUAAUCCAUUUCCGUGAUUCCAACACACUGAUCGACCACUGUCUCAUCGGUUCCUCCCAGCAAAUCGACAAAUUCUCUACCCUGAGUCCUAGAAAACGCGACUUCCCCGGUACUCCGGAUGAUACAACAGGUGUUUGUGGUCACGAUCCAUUGUACAGAGAAAUACUCUCCACCCUGGACAACUGUCGGGCAAUGCCGAACGCGCGACAACGACGACAUGGUAUGAGGCAGUGAUCAAAUAUCAUACAGGUAGAUUUAAGAAAAAUCCACUAUCUACUCUCUACUAUCUAAUACAACCACUAGAUCCCCACUAUCGAGAGGGACAACAGGUGUGAGGGUGUAUAGAGUGCUUUUCAGCCAUGGAAUAAGUGUAGGGUCCGCCAUCGUGACCAUCACCGUGGACUACUUCCGUUGCCGUUUAUCUUGGAGAGGAAGUGGAUCGGAAAAAUCGGCAGCGUGUUCGCCUAUCUCUUCGGGUAUUGUCGCAGAGUGUACAACAGGUGUGUCGGUCCCGACCUGGAGGAUGAGCGCGGCAUAAAACUCGUGUAUUACGGGCACGCACGCUCUCCUGAUCCCCGACGUACACUUAAAAGCGCACACCAAGACGGGUCCAGAUCCGACAGGGCGUCCAAGAUGGACGGUAUGAAUUUAAUCGGAUUUACGAGGGGUCUCCAGGAGAGCAAGAUUAAGCCCGACGAUGCGAUCCUCAGCUAAGGGUGAGAACUGGCCAAGAUGAGCGAGCGCAUGUCCCUCGGCAUCAACCUCAGCAUCCUCCUGAUCUCCGCGAUCUUCGCGGCGUUGCUCUCGGUGCCGCUGAGGUUGUUGCUGGACACGAAUUAUUACGCCGAGAACGAAACCCUGGAAGGGAACGAGACAUCAGCCAAGGAAACGGCAGUGGCCCUGCCGAUCGACCACAAGAAGCUUAAAGUCUGUCCAAAGCCCGAGUAUUCCUACAGAGUCAAGUCGAUUUUCUUCACCGACUACGAUGGGAACUGCACCUACCCUAGGCCAAGGGUCCGCAAGGUGCAGCUCAUCGUGGACGUUCUGCACAAGGAGUUCCCCGAUGACGAGAUCCCUCAAGGUGGUUUAACCCCAGGGAAUCCAGAGGAGGGCAAGCAGGACCCUCAAGGGGACAGAACGAAGUCCUUCUCUCUGGUGGGGCAUGUCCUGGUUGCCAUGCUCGUCGUCUCUGCAGUUGCAGCCCUGGUCGAGGUCCUUCGCAUCCGCUUUUGCCUCUGCAAGGUCGGCUCAACUAGCAGGAGUCUGAAGAAGGGCUCGUUCGACGAGCCAGGCCUGAGCCAGUUCGUUUCCAAGCCCAGCAUCCAGUCGCAGACGUCCUUCGAGAUGCAGGGCUCCAUUCGGUCUGGGCUUCGUCUUCUGGGUGAGGAGACACGACGUUCCUGGCUUGAGGGCCAAGACCAGCGCCACUCCUCCGCAGGUCCUCAUUUCCGGUACAACGGAUCGACCAAACGGCUCCUGUUUUUAAGCCCGAGUCGCCGCGUCGGGGAUCCUUAUGUCCGACAACAGCGGAAGAGGAGGUCGACUUUGCUGUAACGGCUCUCCGCCAUCGCACGCGUUUGAUUCGUCGGUACUGACGCACGUCUCUGGAUGUCUUUCUGCAAUCUACAUCGAAUUCACCGAGCACGUCCCUUGGCACUCGCAUUUUCGCGAUUCCUGACCGCGACGAUCGGCUCUGAGAUUUCCGUCGAAGCGCAGCUUCUCGGUGUUGAUCCACACUCUGGAAAAGGUACAACGAUCUAUUUGAGUCCGACAUCACGUUUAUAGCCACAGCGCUAUUAUGCAGAAAAAAAAAAGAAACGUUUCACCAAACGACGAAACGCUUGCUAACAGGUCGAUUAUUUUUUAAUCGAACGGUGACGCAACGUUGUUCAAUGUGCUGCAACAAUACGAUAUAAAUGAUAUUUUCGUAUCCACAAUUAUAAACGUCGAGGCACCCAGUAAUUAGUAUCCGAGCUUACUCGAUCCUUUUCUGUGAUGUCUAUUCUUCGUGUGAUAUUACAUCUGUGACGUAAUUUCUGGAAUAAA